GGCAGCAUGUUAGGUGUCGCUGUGUUUCUUCAUGAAUAAGCAGAAAAGAGGAGGAGAGGAUGCGAGGCCUCGGCUGAGUGAAGAGGAGCUGAGAUGAGAUAUUGAGAUGUUGAGAUAUUGAGAUAUUGAGAUGUUGAGAUGAGUUAAGGCUGCGGGUGUUUCUGCGGGAAUGCGGAGAUCUUUACCCCGGGCUGCGCAGCGCUGAGCCCGGUACAGACUGCAGGAGCUCCGCGGCGAAGGAGAGGAGAGCGGCGGGCGGGGGAGCGAUGGCUGCGGGAGGCGGAGGCUGCGGGGAGACGGUGGAGCAGUACCGGGCCGAGGUUGAGAGGCUGAGCCGGGAACUGGCGGAGGCGAACCGGGAGAAGGUGCGGGCGGCGGAGUGCGGGCUGGUGGUUCUGGAGGAGAACCAGACCCUGAAGCAGCAGUACUCAGAGCUGGAGGCCGAGCAGGAGACCCUCAGACAGGAGCUGGAGCAGCUGCAGGAGGCCUUCAGCCAGGCGUACUCCAUCCAGAGGAAGGUUGCUGAGGAUGGUGAGAACAACGAGGAGGUGCUUCUGCAGGAGUCUGCUACUAAGGAGGCGUAUUAUAUGGGCCGUCUGCUGGAGCAGCAGGCUGAGCUGAAACACACUCGCUCAGAAGCUUCCAGCACACAAGCGGAGAACGAGCGGCUCGGCUCUGUCCUGCAGGAGCUCCGAGAGAGUAAUGAGAUGUUGGAGCUCCAGAGGAGCAGGAUGAGGGAGGAGGUGAGGGAGUAUAAGUUCAGAGAGGCUCGGCUGCUUCAGGACUACACUGAGCUGGAGGAGGAGAACAUCUCCCUGCAGAAACUGGUCUCUACGCUCAGGCAGAAUCAGGUUGAGUAUGAAGGUCUUAAACACGAGAUCAAGGUUCUGGAGGAGGAGACGGCUCUGCUGAACAGUCAGCUGGAGGACGCGCUGCGGCUGAAGGACAUCUCUGAGAGUCAGCUGGAGGAGGCGCUGGAUGCUCUGAAGAGCGAGCGCGAGCUGAAGAACACUCUCCGGAAAGAGCUAGCCCAGCACCUUACAGUGUGCGAUGGAGCCUUUGCUUCGGCCAGUGCCCACCUGGUAGCCCUCAGUUCAGCGCCCCCUAGUGGUAGUGCCACCCCCACCGCUGCCACCUCUCCAGGCAGCGAGGACGGUGGUAAAUGCAACGGGCUUCUGCUGCAGGGCGCAGCUAGCGUAGCACUGUCCCGAAUCAAUAGGGACUUCAGGGCAGCUGGGCCUAGAAAGAGUGAUUCAGUGACGCCUGACCUCUUCAGUGAGCUCAACCUCACCGAGAUCCAGAAACUCAAGCAGCAGCUUCAGCAGGUGGAGCAAGAGAAGGCCUUCGCUCUGAACAGCAUGCAGGAGUGUCAGGCGCAGCUGCGGCAUACGCAGAGCGCUCUGGUGGAACAGCAUGAGAAAACACGGCGCCUAAGAGAACGCUUUCACGUCCUUCAGAAGCGAGGCAGCACCUCAGAGGCCGAAGGGAAGGACGAGGAGGACGAGGAGUUGGAGAUAAAGAGCCCCCUGUGGGCGUCGGACAGCCUGGACGGUCUGGGAGUGGAGUUACUGCAGUGUAAGUACAGGCUGGCGGUGACGGAGGUGGUGGGACUGAAAGGUGAACUGAAGGAUCUGCAGGAUCGGCAUAAGGAGUGCAUUGAGGGGGCGACGCAGGUGGAGGAGCGAGCGCAGGUCCAGCUGCAGGUUCUGGAGGCUAAGGUGUCUCGUCUGGAGCGCAACUCUAGAGAAGCAAGAGAUAAAGCAGUGGGUCUGGAGCGGGAGCUGCAAGCAACGAAUGCGGCAGCUCUGGAGAACCACAACGCCCUGACCUCCGCCCAGGAGGAGCUCGCCACCUUCAGUGAGGAGCUGGCCCAGCUGUACCACCACGUCUGCCUGUGCAACAACGAGACGCCCAACCGCGUCAUGCUGGACUAUUACCGGCAGGGCCGCACCCCGCCGCGCGCUACCCCCACCAGCCUGAAGGGGCAGGAUGAGCACCGGGUCCUGCUGACGCCGCGACUCGCACGACGCCUUGCUGCCAUCAAUGCCGCCACUUCCAGCUCCACACCUAGUGACUCUCGAAGCCCCUCGGAGUCGCCUUCCAAAGAGCCCCUCAAUGCGGAGGACAGCCCGGUCCGCACGCCACUGGGCUCGCCUGCCAUCAGUGCCUCUUCAUCAUCCUCUUCCUCAUCUCCAGCGCCUGAGUCAUCAACCGGCUGCGACACCCGGCGGGAGCCCAUCAGUAUCCACCACCUGAACGCCAUCAUCCGGGACCAGAUCAAACACCUGCAGAAGGCAGUCGACCGCUCGCUGCAGCUUUCUCGUCAGAGGGCGGCCGCUCGGGAGUUGGCGCCUCUUCUGGAUAAAGAUAAGGAGGCCUGCAUGGAGGAAAUCCUCAAGCUUAAAUCUCUGCUGAGCACCAAGAGGGAGCAGAUUGCGACCCUGCGCCUGGUGCUAAAAGCCAACAAACAGACAGCAGAGGUGGCCCUGGCGAACCUGAAGAGCAAAUACGAGAUGGAGAAGAGCAUGGUGACGGAGACGAUGAUGAAGCUGCGUAAUGAGCUCAAGGCUUUAAAAGAGGAUGCCGCCACAUUCUCCUCUCUUAGAGCCAUGUUCGCCACACGGUGUGACGAGUACGUAACUCAGCUGGACGAGAUGCAGAGACAGCUGGCGGCAGCCGAGGACGAGAAGAAGACUCUGAAUUCUCUGCUCCGCAUGGCCAUCCAGCAGAAACUGGCCCUCACCCAACGCCUGGAGGACCUGGAGUUCGACCACGAGCAGUCGCACCGCCCUCGCGCCAGCAGGACCACCAAGCUGAGGACCGUCACUCCUAAAGUAAGUGGAUCAGAAACUUCAUCCCUCCCCGACACCACGUCCACGGUUCCCGAGAUGCUGGCAGCAGCUUCCGCCAUCACGUCCCCUAAAGCUCAAAUUCAAGCCCUUUUCACCCCCUCGCUCCCCUCCAACCCAGGCAGCCCCCCUUCGCUGGAGCCCCCCUCCUCCCCCGCUGCGUCCUUUUCCACCUCCUCCUGGACCCCCCCCUCCGUGCCCUUCCGCUCAGGCCACAGUCACUGGACGGUGGGGAUGCGGACGUUCGCGGUUGAACCGCACUACAGUGUGGACUACACUCAGCCGUCCCGCACCACCAGCUUGGCCCGUCGCUACGUAAGCGAUUCGCACUGCUCCCCAGGCUCCGCCCCUUCCUCGCCUUACCGCUCGCCCAUCGUGGGCACUUACCGCUCCUCCUGGAGCUCGCCCAGAACUCGGCCGCUCCCCAGCGUCCUGACUCGCUCCACCCACUCCACCAGAUACACUUCCCCCUCCACUUCCUACAGCUCCAUGUACUCCAGAAACUACAGCUCCCAGCACCCCCGCUACUGAAAGGCCCAGCAGAGAGGGUGACGCAGAGAGGAGGACAGACUGGUGUUCUGCGUUCUGUCGUAGCUCCUGGUGCACUUGACGUGUUUUCGGCUCAGGGAUUUUUUGUGGAGCACAAGUGGCUGCCUUCCUCCAACAUACUGCUCUUCAGCUCUCAGGACUGUGUUUUCUGACCUCUCACUUCGUUCAUCCCGAGGUGAACGCAGGAGGUGCAUGUGGAACUCACAGCCCACAAACCAGUCGAAUGAGACGUUACUGUUAGGAGUACCUUCAGUGAGCUGAAUUGGUUUUAGGCACUCUGUAUUGCCUUAGGGUCCGUUUGUAUUAUAACUAAAACACAAUUUACAUCAAGGGGUUUAAAAGGGAUGACUGGUCAGUUACUGAGCUACACCCUAAAUAUGCACUGCAGAAUUCUUCACUGUGUAACAGCCGUGUGACUUUUUAUUGCGAUGCUUGUUUUUGCAAGAAUUUUGUGAGUAAUCAACAAGGUUUUCUUAUUAACUAGUGAUAUCUGUACCUUUUCUUCUGUCUGUGACAAAACAGAAGAAAAUCUGGACUGAGUUUGGUUUCAUUGGGUCAUUCCUGUGUACUGUUGUACUGACAUAUCUUCUGCUGCUCGUAAAUUUAAGUGCAGAAACAUUUCAGCUUUUUUGUUGAGUUGCAAUUUGUUGAAAUCUGAUUUAUUCAUAGUGAGCACCACACCAACACGUUUGCAGUAUUAGCUUUUUUGAGGACUAGUGCUCCUGUACUGAGGACCAAGCUGAUCAUGUGUUAGAGGUGAAGUGAUGAAUGCAGUUGUAGCAGUCGGACAGAGGGGGCGCUGUAGCUCAUCUUAAGCACAGCAACAGUAUCAACAGCUUUAUAAUGAAGGAAACCAAGACUGUUGAAUGAAUGUAAGCUUUGUGAAACAAUGCAAUGUUUGUCUACUCUAUAAAUCUCAGGGAAUAGCAUUCUGUGUUAGUGGUCCUGUAAUAGUGGAAUAAGCCAGUUUUUUUACUAUCAUAUCUUUUAAAGGGAAUUUUGACCGAUUUUUACAUUUUGCAUAAUUUAGUGGUUAUGGUGUAAACAGUGGUUCAGAGUUUGAUGUUAGUUGUUGUAUUAUAGAGACUGAUUUCUCUACAGUGGUGCUGAUAGAAAUCUAAGGCCCCUGGAUGUUUUUUAUGUUUGUGGUCUGCAUUUUGGCCUCUAUAUAAUCUGUAAUUAUGUGACCUAUAGUACACAAAAAAUUAUUCAAUUAGGGAUCCUCUGUGUUUUCUUUAUUCUCUGUGGUGUUUUGUUGACUGCUUUCAUGAGGUUUUAUCAUGCAAGUGUUUUCAUCUGUGAUAGAUGUGGAAAUUACCUAAAACACAAAGUUUUUUUAUUUGUUAUUCAAAAAACAAUAAUCAUACUAGUUACAUUUUUAUUAGAAAUGUUAUUAAACAUAAAAUACUGAUACAAUUGUAAUAAAAAAAUAGAUUAGGUCCAGUUUUGGAUGAAUGUCAAGAAUUAAAACAAGAAAAAUGAGGCCAGAAUGUAUCCCAGAAAAUGCAUCAGGCAUCAGCAUAUUUACUGUAAAUCUUUUAGAGUUUGUUUAGGUUUCUAUCACCAGCACUGCGAAAGUCUUAGUAUGCCACAUUUUACAUCUUUGAUUACAUAUUAACCAUUUAACUAUGCAGAAAUGUUGUAAAAUCAAAGGUGUUCCUCUUCACAGCAGAGCUUUUAGUUAAGCUUCAUCAGUAAAUAUAUAAUUACAUUUAAACAUCUGCGAACACUAAUUGCACUAAGCGGGUUUUACACUGUUUAACUCUGCUUGUGAUCUUAUAUUCAGUGUUUAAGUACCUGAUUUUUGUCUUUUCUUAAUGUUUAUGUUGAUUUCACCUGUUUUUAUUUGUGUACAUUUAGAAAAGUUCUCUUAACGCAAGAGCCAAAAAGCCCAGCCAAGUACAACAGUUUCAAAACAGUCAUCCUGUUCAAGCUGUCAUUUCACCCUGUAUCUCUCUCAGAUCCCAUUUAACCAGACAGUGCCCAGUAAAAGAUCUAUUAGCAUCCAUCUAUAAAACCCAACUGUAAAUAUCUGUUGCACCAAAGACACUGCUUUAACUCUGUUCAUAUUAGGAAUCUUGUGAUUAUGCAAUCCACAAAACGCGUUCUCCAGUCUGAAAGCAGAGACUGAAGCAUUUGACAGGAACUCUCUCCCCCCCCCACACACACACACACACUACUUCAGCUCUUCUUCAGCUCUUACUCCGGUUAAUAUCCAGAUGUUGCACAGUUCAUUCACACUGACCCCAACUGCUGAUCCUCACUUUCACACCAGGAUUCAUUUAGCUGAUCUCUGAUAGCAUUUAUUCAUAUUAUAGACAAGAAUUCAGACACAGAAUAAAUGAAGGACUGAUUUCUUUAGAGUGAACCAGCAAUAUGUUUUCUUGCUCUUUUACUGCAUUUUUACUGCACGCUCUUUACAAAUUUAAAGUCAUUUAGUUAGAUUUAUACUUUUUACAUAGGCUGUUUGUCAGUCUAGUAAAAUGUAACAAUAUUUGGAAAAGAUGUUCCUAAUAGUGUUGAAAUAACACUGGUGAAUGUACUAUGUAGUUUAUGGACUGAAAUAUAUGAUCAAAAUAAAUACAUUGUUGUACUAUGUUAUAAGACCUACAUAAAAAUCACAGAAAUGUGAGCUGGAUGUUUGUUUUUUGUGCAUGGUGAUUUUACUAUAUAUCACUAUAAAAAUACAGGCAAGUACAAAAUUUAGGAUAAUGCUUUAUCUCUUGAUGUAAUGUGAACCUCAAGAGUUUAAACAAAAUGUUUUUGUUAAGGAACAGUUAAGAAUUUUAUAUUUAGAUUUUUUUUCUUUCUUUCUUUUAUUUUAUUCAAACAAAUUUAAAGCCCUGUUUCUACACGCAGUACUGAAUCUGUUUAAUUUAUUUCUGAAGAAAGUAGCUGUAAUAAUAUUCAUGGCAAAAACCACCCUGACCUUAGAUAAACAUGGCCUUGGUUCUUAUUGCACUAAUGUAAGAAGAGUGUUUCUGUUAAAAUGUCUCUUUCUCUCCACAUGUAGUGAUUUAUCUGCUUUAACACACCUGAUCCAACCAAUCAGCUCAUUAAUAAGCCCUUACAGGACAUAGGAGUGUGUUAAAGCAGGGAAUCCUCUAAAAUGUUCAGAACAGGAGGGUAGCGGGACCAGGACUGAGGUCCUGUGGUCUGUGCGGUGGUUCCUGUAUGAGGUGGUCCUGGAGGAAGGUGGUCUCGGCGUAUUUGUUCAGGAUUCGUUGGAGGGUUUUGUGUGUUUAGGUGGUUCUGAUCACAAAUAAAACAGAAACCUCUCGGAUCUUCUCUCUGUGGCACCUUUUCCUCUGAGGCCUAAAACACUCAAACCCAUCCCACCAUCAACCCCCCCCCCCC